AUGUCCUUGUCGCUUGGGAUACUAGUGCUACUGUCUUCAAUUUCUAUUACCCAGGCUGCGGUUUGCUUGAAAUACUUGCCACAGUACUUUGAAAACCAGACAUUACACCAUCUCUUCUGGUGUGCCCAGGGAGUAAAUAUUAUUCUUUGGGCUAUCUACGAAACACAAAUCUACCCCCGGUUUAUCUGUCCCUUACGACAACUUCCCGGCCCAACUGGUGGAUACCCUUUGUUAGGCUAUGGCUUGAUCCGUUUCAAGAAGCCUGUGGGACCAGAAUACCUGAAAUUUAUGCAGGAAACUUCUCACAAUGGACUGAUGCGCUAUAGAGGGUUUCUUAACACCAACAAUGUUCUCCUGGCAAGUCCACAAACACUCGCGGAGGUUUUGGUCAAGAGACCAUACGAUUUUGAAAAGCCCGAAGGACCUCGCAAUUUCAUGCGUCGGGUUCUUGGAGACGGAUUGGUUCUUGUUGAAGGCGAUGUCCACAAGUUCCAGCGGAAGCGCCUUAUGCCCAGUUUCUCCUUUCGAAAUAUCAAAGACCUUUAUCCAACUUUCUGGGAUAAAUCUAUCAAACUCACAGAUGCUAUUGCGGAGAAAGUUUUGGCUUCUUCUGGUGGAACAGGGAUCACGGAUGUGAACUUCUGGUCAACCAAGGUGACUCUUGACAUUAUUGGUAUCGCGGGGCUUGGGCGUGACUUCAAUACGAUUAAGAACUCGGAUGAUCUUCUGGCCCAGACAUAUGAUAAAAUCAUGGAGCCUUCGCUUGGGAAAAUGAUCAUUUUUGCACUGACGAGCUACAAGCUGCACUGGUUGAACCAAUUUGUCCCUGGGAGAAUCGAUGCUAAACUGGAAUCGGCUACCGAUAGCUUGCGCAGAACUUGCAUUCAUUUUGUCCAUGAGAAAAGAGAGAAAUCUGCGGCUAUGGGAUCGGAGUCCACGGAUAUUCUUUCUAAGCUCAUGGAGACCAAUGAAUUUUCCAACGAGGAGUUGGUUGACCAGCUUUUGACUUUCAUUGCAGCUGGUCAUGAGACCACCUCUUCGACAUUUGCGUGGGUUAUAUACCUCCUAGCGUCGAACCCCCAUAUCCAAUCACAGCUGCGUGAGGAAAUUCAUGCCAACCUCCCUACUACCUCCCCCGUGGAUGCAGACUCUGACCUUUCUUCUGUUCUGGAGUCGCUGCCCCUGCUGAAUGGAGUCUGCAAUGAGACCUUACGUCUAUAUCCCACGGUACCCCUAAGCAUGCGAACACCUCGCCAGGAUACGACCAUCGCCGGACAACGCAUCCCGAAAGGCACAGAGAUCUACAUUGUUCCCUGGGCUGUCAAUCGGGAUCAAGAGCUUUGGGGCCCAGAUGCAGAUGUCUUCAAGCCCGAGAGGUGGAUUGAUGCUGAAACAGGUAAGCCAAACAACACUGGAGGGACGAGCAGCAACUACUCCAUCUUGACCUUUUUGCACGGCGUGCAUUCAUGUAUCGGCCAGGGGUUUGCUAAAGCAGAGCUGAGGGCUCUCACUGCAGCUUUCGUUGGUGCUUUUGAGAUUGAACUGGCGUAUCCAGAUAGACCUCCCAUUCCGGCUGGUCUCAUUACGACGAAACCUGAAGGUGGGAUGUGGGUUAAACUGAAGCGGGCGAGCAUUUAG